UCAUUUCACCAUGCCUCCCUAAUCACUCUGCACUUACCAAAAAGCAAACUAAAGCUAGCUACGGAGCACUGCAGAACAUCAAAAAGUCAGCUGCACAGCCCAUUAUCUAAAAGAAAAUCAAUUCCUUCAAAAAAGAUGAGGAAAACCCUUAAACAAUACAACUCAUACAGAUUCCUCAGCACUUCCAUGUGCAUAAAGUUUCCAAACAUUCAUGCCUGCAAGCAUUAAGCAUUUCCUCAACCAUCCAAGCAAAGUAUCUGUAAUCUGCUAUAUCUUCUUCCCCCAACAGUAUUCUUUCCCUUUUUCACAUAUCCCCUCUUAUUUCUUGAUAUCUGUAUCUCACUCACAGCCAUGACUACUCUCUUCUUGACCAUUUUCACAAUUUUUCCAACAUUAAUACUCCAUCUAGCUUCUGCCAAUGGCCAUGUAAAUCCCUGCCGAUCUUAUUGCGGAAAUAUCAGUAUAGAUUAUCCUUUUUCACUCCGAUAUGGCUGUGGUCACCCUGGUUUUAGAGACCUUUUGUUUUGCAUAAACGAUGUGCUCAUGUUUCACAUUUCCUCAGGAUCAUACCGGGUACUAGAAAUAGACUAUGCUUAUCAAUCACUUACUCUCCAUGAGCCUCACUUGUCAACUUGUGACACCAUCGUCCUCGGCGGCAAGGGUAACGGCUUCUCCGUGGAGCCGUGGCAGUCACCCUACUUCAAUCCAACCGCGGAUAAUGUGUUCAUGCUCAUAGGCUGCUCAGCUCAAUCACCGCUGUUCCAAGGUUUCCCUGAGAAGCACUUGCCUUGUCGGAACGUUUCAGGCAUGGGCUGCGAGGAGUACUACGGUUGCCCGGCCUGGAGUCUAGUGGGCCACAGGCAAGUGGGCUCGAAGUUUGGGUCUGGCCCGCCAGAGUGUUGUGCGGUGGCGUUUGAGGCUAUUAAAGCAAUAAAUCUGAGCAAGCUUGAGUGUGAAGGAUAUAGCAGUGCUUAUAGUCUUGCACCAUUGAGGGUUGAUGGGCCUAGCGGAUGGUCUUAUGGAAUACGCGUGAGAUAUUCUGUGCAAGGGAAUGAAGAAUUCUGCAGGGCAUGUGGGGCUACCGGUGGCACUUGUGGGUAUGGUACUGAUGGAGUUAGGCAGAUGUGCAUGUGUGGGAAUUUCAAUUCCACAUCAAACUGUGAUUCAGUUAGUUCAGCAACAAGCAGCAGAACAUGGUCUAGGGUGAGCACACUAGCAGGCUGUUUGAUGGGUAUAUUAGGAUGGAUAGCUGCCAAUCCCAAGCCAUAAGCCCACCAACCAUCAUACAAGACACAGAAAAAGGGCAUAUUUAUCUGAAGACAAAUGGUAUUUAAUUAAGAGGAUCAAAUCAUGUGUGAAUUUUUGUGAUUAACUUUUUUUUUUUUUUGAAAUGAUAUCUAUCAUUAUUCUUCCCA